CUCUGCGGCCACCGCGUGGCACCUGCGGGGCUGUCACCAGAUGGAAGUGCCCAGCUGCUCCCUGCCCAUCCCUCCUGCCAGCCCGGCCUCGGCUCAGCCCUGCGGGACAGGACAGGGAGGUGACAACCACCACGACGCUCCAGCUGCUGCCACCUCACGCUGAGACUGACCAGCACCACCAACACUGACCACAGGGCUGUGCUGGUGCUGCUGCAGGGCUUCUCCCCACCCAGGGCUCCGGUUAUGCGCUGAGGAUCCGCAGCUCCACGGGCUCCUGUUUAUUUUUCCUGGCUGUGAAAGGUUAUAACUGAGCAGCCCUUAUGACCAACAUGAGCUGGAGCUUCCUCACCCGCCUGCUAGAAGAGAUUCACAAUCACUCCACCUUCGUGGGGAAGGUCUGGCUCACCGUGCUCAUCGUGUUCCGCAUCGUCCUGACGGCGGUGGGGGGCGAGUCCAUCUACUCCGAUGAGCAGAGCAAGUUCACCUGCAACACCAAGCAGCCGGGCUGCGACAACGUCUGCUACGACGCCUUCGCGCCGCUCUCGCACGUCCGCUUCUGGGUCUUCCAGAUCAUCAUGAUCUCCACGCCCUCCGUCAUGUACCUGGGCUACGCCAUCCACAGGAUCGCCCGCUCGGCCGAGGAGGAGAAGAAGUUCAAGGGCUUCAAGAAGAAGAAGCAGUUCGCCCUGAACUGGCAGGCCGUGCGCAACAUGGAGGACGCCAUGGAGGCCGACGAGGAGGAGCCCAUGAUCUCGGACGACGCGGCCGAGCACGACAAGGCCAAGGCCAAGCCCAAGGAGCAGCAGAAGCAUGACGGGAGGAGGCGCAUCCAGCAGGAGGGACUGAUGAAAAUCUACGUCUUCCAGCUGCUCACCCGGGCUUCCUUCGAGGUGUGCUUUUUGAUAGGGCAGUAUUUGCUCUACGGGUUCGAGGUGGAAGCGUAUUACGUGUGCAACAGGGUCCCUUGUCCCCACACCGUGGAUUGCUUCGUGUCGCGGCCCACGGAGAAGACCAUCUUCCUGCUGGUGAUGUACGUGGUGAGCUGCCUGUGCCUGCUGCUCAACAUGUGCGAGAUGUUCCACCUGGGAUUCGGGACCAUCCGCGACGCCAUCCGCAACCGCAAGAUCAACAGCUUCCGGCAGCCCCCCUACAACUACGCCUACCCCAAGAACAUCUCCUGCCCUCCCGAGUACAACCUGGUCGUCAAAUCCGAGAAAUCCACCAAGAUCCCCAACAGCCUGAUGGCCCACGAGCAGAACUUGGCCAACGUGGCUCAGGAGCAGCAGUGCACCAGCCCGGACGAGAACCUGCCGGCGGAUCUGUCCACGCUGCACAAGCACCUGCGGGUGGCCCAGGAGCAGCUGGACAUUGCCUUCCAGAGCUACAGCAGCACCCAGGCCAACACGCAGCCCUCUCGGACCAGCAGCCCCGCCUCGGCGGGCACCGUGGUGGAGCAGAACAGGGCCAACACCGCCCAGGAGAAACAAGGUGCUAAACCCAAGGCCUCGCUGGAGAAAGGCAGCUCCAGCAGCAAAGAUGGGAAGACGUCUGUGUGGAUAUAACUCUGCCGGGAAGGAGAGAGGGCGGCGUGAGCGGGGUUUUUAUUUCGGGUUGUUUCUGGUUUUCGGCGUUAUCUCGCGUUUGUUUCGCAGGGCACGGUUUUUGUGGGGGAGUCAAGAGAGUGAGAGGAGUUUCGGACUGAUUCAGUGCUGUCUUCCAGUGUGUUAACAAAAGACAUUUCUUCCCUGUUUCCAACGUGUUCUCCAGCUGGGAGUCUCCAGUAACAGCAAACCCCAACACCUCCCAGCCCCUGGUCAGCCCCGGAGCCCCCAGCAGAGACUGGACAAUGUGCUGUGGUGGGAAGAGGAGCUGCUGGUGGCUCAGCAGGGAAGUGAGGCUGACAGGGAUCAGCAUGGCAAGGCUCCAGUGCUGCAGGCCAGGCAGUGUUUAAUUACUAAAUACCCUUAAUCAAAUUAAUUUCCCGUCCUUUGGUAAGAAAACCACUGACAUAUUGCAGGGACCUUCGUGGCAGGCUCAUAGCUGAUCUGCCUGGGCUGGCAGAUGCCAAGGAAAGCCUUGGAUGCUGUGAGCCAGAGCUGGCACCCACGGCAGGUCUGGGGCAGGAA